CCUCCCCUUUGUGCGUCUGGCAGCAUCACCCACUGCCUGCAAUGGCGUUGGAGCGGCUCUAGUCUGUCCAAGCGUUUCUCGUGGCGAUUCCGUCCCGGACUAUUUGACGAGCGUGGGGGGAUGAGAUGUGUUAUUGUCGAGAGGUUCUGCAACGACUACAUCCAUUUUUUAUUUUUAUUUUUUCCAGGGGAUUGUGUGUUUUUACAGUGUCUAUAAAAACCACGCGUCAAACGAAGCCAUGAAUGUGCUGAUGGGUCUGAAGGAACUCUAACAUCAGCUGGAUCAGAUCAGGCAGCGCAGCAGUAGGUCGAGCAGACUCCCGACUGCCACGUUCUAAUGAGGCCACGGACAUGCUGACAUCCCCUCUGAAUCCAAAGAGAUCAUCAUGCUGAAGACGGAGGCCUCGGGGGAGAGGACCAGCCUCCGGAGUGCCUCCCCCCACCGGAAUGCCUACCGGGCUGAGUUUCAGGCGCUUAAGCGGGCCUUUGACCAGCCUCGGAUCGACGGAGAUGCCAAGCCCAAAGACCUGGAACGGGUCAAGCAACCAAGGGGCCGCCAGUAUGGCACCCACGUCAGCCGCAUUAAGGACAUGUUCAUGCAGAUGGGCUCUGAGAAUCCAGCAACUAAGAACAGGGGUCGUGAUGAUGCUUCUCCACAGAAGAUGGUCAAGCCCACUAACUUCAUCAACAAGGCUGAUGGAUCGGUCAUAAAACUCCAGCACUCCUCAUCGGCUGAAAGGGUUGGAAACGCUGGAGCAAAGUUCUCUGAAACCAGGAAGUUAUUCGAACAGCAGUCACGUGACCAGUCUCAGUCACCGGUCUUUCCCUAUGGACGUGAUAAAAGGGGCUCCCAUGAGCACCUCGAUGAUUGGCGGGGUGCAAGGUCCAAUCGAGGUAGUACUGACUCCUUGGACUCGCUUUGCUCCAGAACGGAGGCUUCCUCGCCAACAGUUAGUCAACUCAGUGCAGUAUUUGAAAACGCUGACCACCAGAACCAAGGUGUGCCCUACAAAGGAGUCAGCAGACGCGCCUUGUACUCGCCGGAUGGAUUCCAACGCCACGGAGGUGAUCUCAGUGAGGACGAUUCUCGACACUCUCCUGUUCGCGGGGGCUACCGGAGCAGGACAUCGGGAAAGUUCCCCGCAUCCUCAUCCUCAGAGGACCUCCUGAGCCCCAGUCCUGGUGCUGACACCUCGGAGGUAAAACCAGCUCCACCAGAGGUCCAAGCCAAAGACAAACCAGACAAUGUUGGCGAGACUCUAAGCCGAAAUAAACAACAUCUUUCUGGGGCCGCCACCAAUGGAGGCCAGGUCAACGGUUCCUGUGAAGAGGAGGAGAAAAAACAUAUUGAGGAUCUAGGAGUGUCCAAAGUUUCAAAACCCACAGAUGAUGCUGUGAUUACCGACAAAGAUUCUGAAGUUGCCACCCCUGAGCCUCUGCCAACUCCGAGCACACCAGCAGGGGAAACCCAGCAGGACAGGGAUGUAUCAAAAGAAGACAAACCCUCUAAAUUUCCUAAAGAAUCGGUGGAAGAACCAGAUGAGGAAUACACUGGGAAUGAGCGUGUGAUUUUUAAUGCAGACGGGGACGCCUGUUAUCAGGGUUGGGGUGAAAGCUGCACAGAUCCCGAGGAUGACCUCUACGGCGAUGACGACGAGGAUAUUGUCUAUGACCCGGGCUCUGAUCUGACAGAGAUUCCCGGUCUCCCAGAAGAAAGUAAAGAGGACAUCCCACCAAAGAGGAAGAUUUGCUUCAGCACUGCUCCAAUUACGGUCUUCAACACCUACUCCAAUGAGGACUAUGAUCGACGUAAUGAAGAGGUGGAUCCUGUGGCCUCCUCCGCAGAGUAUGAGCUGGAGAAGAGGGUGGAGAAGCUGGAGCUCUUCCCUGUGGAGCUGGAGAAAGACGAGGACGGCCUGGGCAUCAGUAUCAUCGGGAUGGGAGUCGGUGCUGAUGCUGGGUUGGAGAAACUGGGCAUCUUUGUCAAAACUGUUAUUGAGGGUGGAGCCGCAGAGAGAGACAGCAGGAUAAAGGUGAACGAUCAGAUCGUGGAAGUGGAUGGGACGAGUCUGGUGGGUGUCACCCAGAGCUUUGCAGCGUCCGUCCUCAGAAACACAUCAGGAGUUGUACGGUUUGUGAUUGGCCGAGAGCGCCCGGGUCAGCAGAGCGAGGUGGCCACGCUUAUCCAGCAGACCUUAGAGCAGGAGAGGAGGCAGAGGGAGCUGUUGGAGCAGCAGUACGCCCACUACGACGCUGAUGAUGAUGAGCAGACAGGAGAGUACGCCACAGAUGAUGAGGAGACCGGGACAGCGGUUGCAGGCGGGGAGAAGAGCAUUGAGGUGUUUGACCUGCCGGAGACAGAGGACAUCAUGUCCCCAUCGGAUUUGGACGCCACCAAACUCUACCAGAAGUUCAGAGAGCUCCAGAUCAAACACACGGUGACCGAGGCCGAGAUCCAGAAGCUUAAAAAUAAGUUAGCGUCGGUGGAGAGGGAAAAGCAGCGCUGGGAGAAGGAGAAGAGCCAGCUGAAGGCCAGCAUCGAGGAGAACAAGGAGAGGAUGUUGAAGCUGGAGAGCUACUGGAUUGAAGCGCAGACCCUCUGCCACACCGUCAACGAACACCUGAAGGAGGCCCAGGCCCAGUACCAGGCCCUGGAGAAGAAGUACAACAAAGCCAAGAAACUCAUCAAAGACUUCCAGCAGAAAGAGGUGGAGUUUAUCCAGAAGGAGGAUGCAGAGAGGAGGCGGCUCGAGGAGGCAGAGAAAGCUCACCUGGCUGAGAUCCAAGGACUGCAAGUCAGGAUUGCAGCAUUAGAGUCCGAGCUAAUGCAGCUGAUGAAGCAGAACGGCAUCCAGGUCAACAACAACAACAGCAACAGCGCCGAGAGGCUGAGCGCUCAGCAGCACAGCCCGAGCAGAGCUGCAGCACAAGCCAGAGAAAUGAGGGAGGGCUCUCCUCAUUCUCCGAGCAAAAAAAAGGGCUUCAGAGGAGUCGGCCGAGACAGCAUCAGCUCCACGGAGGGAGAGGUGUCAGAGGGUCAUGGGAGUCCAUCCCAUAGUCGCAGCGGCUCACUGCGCAGUGUGACGUCCUGUGAUGGAGCGACGGUGAUCUUCAGGACCCCAGGCAGUGCGGAGGGGUCCCCAAGACGAACGCUACACCAAACCACUAACACAGGAGCCCAGCAGGACGGUUCUCAGUCUCCUGCAGCGUCUAGCCCCUCUCACAGACAAGCUCUGGAUCCUGGGAAAACUAAAGUGAAGGACAAAGAUCCCAGAGCUUCGCCUGGAAACAGCUCCACAGAUCCAUCAGCAGAAGACAGUCCAGAGAAACUCAAGGCCAAGGGACCCACACUGAACGACGACCUGAGUGCCAGCAGCAGCAGCUCAGUGGAGAUCAGCGGGCUGUUGAGCGAAGCUAAAAUGUCGGGCCGUUCACACACCCUGGCACUCUCUUCAGAUGAGAGUCUGGAUAUGAUAGAUGAUGAGAUACUAGAUGAAGGACAGCUCCCGAAGCAGUACCAGUGGCAGAAUCGCAGCAUUACAGAGUGGACAUCCCAGCAAGUGGCCCGCUGGCUCAUGGGCCUCAACUUAGAACAGCAUAUCCCAGAAUUCACUGCCAAAAACAUAGAUGGAGAACAGCUGCUGCAGCUGGACAGCACUGAACUGAAGGCCCUUGGAGUCACUUCUACCCAGGACCGUGCCCUGAUCAAGAAAAAGAUCAAAGACCUCAAAGUCCUGAUGGAGAAAGCAAAGAGGAACCGCGAGAAAGUAGAGAAGCAGCGAGAGAAGCUACGAAAACGAGAGCUGGAGCAACAGCAGAAGGAGGCGCGCAACGAAAGCACGGAAGAGUGAAGGAAACAUUAGACCACCUCCUGCUUUUACCGUAGCACCACACUAAGUAGCAUCUCCAGAAACAGAACCUCAGUAGGCCCCGUGAAUGAACCCUGAGGGACGCCUAGUCUGUAGAUCAGUAGUAAUCAGUGGCAGAACUCCACAGCCAACUGUGGGAGAUGGUCGAGCGACGUUUUCACCAAGCAUAUUAAACCAAAACGAGCAGUUGGAUAAUAGGAUGCCUCCUCCUCCUCUUCCUCAUCCUCAUCCUCAUUUGCCUCAUUUUACACUUAUCCCGUGUUUUUAGCCAUGUAAGAAUUGACUUAGUUUCUAUUUAUUUUGCUGUUUAUUGCUGUAAAUCGGGUUUAUUUAUUUGCAUUCAGAUUAAGUCUGUGAAAAGUCCAUCUCACCUUCAUCUGGUCUGAUGUUCAGAGUCUUCAGUGCACCUUUAGACGUCCAUGUACAGCAAUGAAUACAGACGCAAAAACGUCUCACGUGCCAUUUUGAUAGACUUAUAUAUAUAUAUAUAUAUAUAUAUCCUGUUCAAACACACGUCGGAGAUCAGUGGGAUUUGUGUUGCUGCUGGUCACGAGUGUGCGAUGAAAUACAGGAGGCAGUGCUCAUGUCCCACCCACCACAGGGGGUCCCCACACUGCUUACUUUCACUACUGAAGAGGGCAACACUGGAACUCUGCAAUCGCAAGUGGAAACUGGUUUUACUGGGGGGGAUAAAUGUCCCAGUAGAGAACACUGGAAAUGCAAAUACUGUAAAUGUAACCUCUGACACGGGCUUGGCUAGUGGCCCUUACAUACGGCAAAACUGUCUAUGUAUGUACGAAAAACAGCUGUUAGCAUAGAAUUACAGACAACAAGGACACACUGUACUCAUUGGACCGGUUCUAAUGGAGACUUCAGGUACACUGUAAUCAGAACAAUUUGUAACUUACCAGACCUGUACCACAAAAAAGACUCCAAAAACAAAACUUCCUGCUUAUAUGCAUAAUGUUGCUUUGACUCCGCUUGUAACCUGCUUUUGACCUCUUUUUAUAUCCUCUCAAUAACAAAGUAAUACCCCGCCGCUGCCUUUAGAAAUUCUAGACUAGUAGAAUUUUUUUCUGAUCUCUACCCGCUUGUGUGUGUGGAAAACACAAAACUAUAGACUAAACUUAAGUCAUCGGUUUCUAUUUAUUUAUUUUCUCUCAGAGGAAUCACCAGUUAAAGUUCACCACGCUAAUUACUCUUGAAUAUUCUAAAUAAUAUAUAAGCAAAGCUGCCAUAUAAUGGGUCGAUCUUCUGCGAUCAGGUGGAGCGAAGGACGACGCGGUGAAAAAAACGUGACGCUGAUAACUGAUGACGUUUCACUGGAAAUUGCACCUUGAUGCGUUCUAGAUUUUUUUAAUGAUUCAAUAAGAGUCGGAACAUUUUGAUUCAUUUGUUUGUUU